AAGCCAAAGAGAAAGCGGCAUUUUUUAAAUUUUACGAACAUUAAGACAUGUGAAACGGUUCGUCGGAGAUGUGUCAUUGAUAUUGAUGUAGAAAGUAAUGAAGAGGGUUGGAGUAAAAUGGUUGGGGGGUUUCAAGCAGGUGAAGGGGGUUUACAUGUUUUGGAACAUAUUUUGACAGUUCAUGGCCCGUUAAGCAGAUCAUCCGUUGGCCUGAAAGUGAUGCCUGGUCUAGCGUUUACAUAGUUUAUAUACUUAUAGCUAUUAACUCUUUUUCACUCUUAACCAUUCUCAUCUUUUUCCCCUCUUUCUACUCGCUCUUCUCACCUAAAUUUGCCUCACUCAAGAGACUCUUUCGUUUGGUAUAUAAACGCAUUUCGGGCUCAUCGAAUUGUCACAAUAGUUCAAGUAUUGUUUGGAUUAGUGCAACAAAAAAUCAAGUGAACAAAACUUACCUCAUAUUUUGGAUUAUUACCUUUGCUCGAGUCGAGCUUUUUAAACCUUUUUAGCUAUAUUAUUUCAAUUUAAGCCUUUUUUAAAAUUCCUCAUUAUUUCAAAAUGUUCAACAAAUCCAGUUUCAUUGUCAGCCUUUUGGUCUGUGGAUUAUGUCUUGCCGUUAAUGCAGCCAACAGCACUUCUUCCAAUGCAUCACCAGGUCCCUUCAUCCCAGUGCCAGUACCAAUUCCAGCCUUCCCUGGUUUCCCUGGUGCCUCAGCCGGUGCACCAUCUGGAUAUGGUUAUCCUGGUUAUCCUUCAGCCUAUUCUGGUUUUGGAAGCUACGCUAGCCCAGCUUAUAUUUCACCAAGUUACGCACCAGCCUCAGGAAUGAGCCCAUACGCUUCAAGUCCGUAUGCUGCUUCCAGUCCAUACUCAAGUGUAGCCUCAUCAAGUCCUUAUGCUGCUGCCUCCAGCCCUUACGCUGCUGCCGCUCAAAGUCCAUACUCAUCAAGCCCAUACUCAUCAAGCCCAUAUUCAUCAAGCCCAUACUCUUCCAGCCCAUAUGCAUCAUCAAGUUAUUCAUCACCAUACUCGUCUUAUGGUACUCCAUACUCUUCUUAUGGUUCAUCUUAUGGAGGUUCAACAUUAGGUUAUGGUUCCUCAUCAUACCCAAGUUCAUCUUCAUUCCCAUUCUUUGGUUGAAACAAAAAAACGUUGUAUUCCAAUGACGUUCAUAAAUGAAUUCAUGUCUCCUUCAAGCAAGCCGUUUGAAGCAAGUUUUCGGCCAAAAUAAUUGUCCCUCCAAAAUCAAUUAUCCACCAAAAGAAAAGAUCUUAUAACCAUAUUAAUAUAAUAAUUAAAUUUAUAACAAUAAUCACAUUUGUUUUCAUAAAUAACAUUAAAAAUAAAUCACUAAAAAAUCAUAAGAUGAAAAGCUAUUGUUAAAAAAUAUAACAAUGACCACCAUCUAUUAACAAAUGAUACAAACUGAUUAUUGCAAAGAUCCACCAACACUUUUUUGACUUUUUUGUUCAUUAAACAUUUUUUU